AUGCGCGCCUCUGUCAUUAUCCUCGGCUUCCUCGCUACUCUCACCGUCGCGCUCCCCGAAGCAUACCCUAAGGCCGAAAUCGCGUGCCAAUCUGACACCAUGGCCUGCACGGCUGCUAACUGCGCUGCUGAGGGAUGCUGCUGUGAGGGACUUACUUGCGGAUCCAACGGU